UAAUCCAAAAUGACGAUUCGAAGUAAACCCUCGGCUCACGACCUCGCACUUAACGACAUGCCUCAAAUGUUUCUACGAUACACAUUAGUAUAAUCCGAUUAGUCCGCACUUCGCAGCUUCCAUUUCAAUUUUCUUAUCUAAAGACGCCAAUUUUGUCACCUUCUUGGAAAGAAACUGAGCCUUAAGCCACAUGUCAUGGCUUCUUCUCUCUCUGCGUUUCCUUCUUUGAAUCCUUCGCCUCUCACUCCAAGAUUCUUACAAACCCUAAAUUCGCCGUUCCUCUCUCCGUGUUCUGUUUUGAGGCUAAAACAUGCGUCUUUCCCGAAUUCGAGAACUCGAAUUUCCCCUCUUCAGUCCAAACGAGCGCGGUCCAAAACUAUUGUUUUGUCUGCGCAGUCUAGUUUUCUGAAAGUUCUUAGAACCGCGUGGAAUAUAGGGAAAGAUGGAAUCGAAGCUGGAACCAACCUUGUACCUGUUUCUGUGCCUAGACCAGUUGCUAGAAUCUCAGUAACAACUGCAGCAUUGGCGGUUUCGUUGUUUGUUCUCAAGUCGUUUGUAUCAACAGCUUUCUUUGUAUUGGGUACAAUGGGAUUUGCAUAUUUCUUAUUUAUAGCCUUAAACAAAGAUGAAGCUCCUAAACAAGGAAGAGAUAGUAAGAGUUCUAGUUCCAAGCCAAUGGAUGAUCCACUUGAAGAAGCCAAGAAAAUCAUGGAAAAGUACAAGUAAGCUUAAGAUUUUUCUUCUCAUGAGUGAGAUCUCCAAUGUAUACAGAUACAAUACUUAGGAAUGUUGUGUUGUGCUUUGAUUUUAAGAUCAACUCGGAAAGGAGUAACCAGGUCUACUGCUAAAGUUCUGGUUAAGAAAAUAUUUACAUGUUAUACCAAAACAUAUCCCAACUCUGAGGGAUACUUACUA